CCUCCGCUCCGACCAGAUGCCGUCGUCUUGGCAACGCCGAUGCGGGCAAGCGUCCCACUGACCCGACUCAUGUCGUCUCGCUAGACUGGCAGCCGGAGAGGUGGCGGCAGGAGGGGAAGACAAUUAAUGAAGUGUCCUGUGAGUUCUUCAACCGAACAAAAAGCGAGCAUCCGGUUAUAUGAGGCGAGGGAGAAAGAGGGAGAGAGAGAGAGAGCAUGUGAAAAAGGGGUGGAGGGGAGUCGAGAUUUAGUGGCCUGCCUCAUGAAACAACCCCCCACUCGCUAACCCGCCCGACGCAAGAAAACAGGACGGCUCAUCAGAAAAUCUCACUCUCUCGCCUCUUCCAACAAUGAGAUGAAAACGAGGUUGCCUAUCAUCUCCUGUAACUCAGAGCGUCCUGACCAAGAAGAGGGAGUUCCGUCACUAACGACUCACAGAUAAAAGCAAGAAAAGCAUAAAAUGUCACGAACGGACGAAGUCAACAAGAUGACGGAAAAUGUCUACAAGGGCAUCCUGGACCAGUUCAACCCCAGCUUGAAGAAUUUUGUCACAAUGGGCAAACACUACGAGAAAGCCCUCACAGGCGUGACGGUGGCAGCAAAGGGCUACUUCGACGCUCUAGUCAAGCUGGGAGAGCUGGCCAGCGACAGCCAAGGCUCCAAGGAGUUGGGUGACACAUUGUUCCAGAUGGCCGAGGUCCACAGACAGAUCCAGGUGCAGCUGGAAGACGUGCUCAAGUUGUUUCAUUCCGAGCUGCUGGCCCAGCUGGAGCAGAAGUUGGAACUGGACAUCAAAUACCUCACCGCGACACUGAAGAAGUACCAGACUGAGCGGCGGUCGAAAACCGAUUCCAUCGAGCGCUGCCAGAGCCAGCUGAAGAAACUGCGACGGAAGAGCUUGGGCAGCCGUCACCCCAACAAAUACGGCGACAGGGAGAUGCAAUUUGUGGAGCUGAUGAGUCGCCGCCAAGUGGAGCUGGACACGCUGGUCGCUACGGGUUACAGGUCGGCGCUGACCGAGGAGAGGAGGCGGUACUGCUUCCUGGUGGACAGACAGUGUUGUGUGACCAAGCUGCUGAUCAACUACCACUGCAAGGUGAGAGAGCUCCUGUCGCAAAAACUGUCGUCGUGGCAGCAGUCGUGCACUCAGCCGACCAAGCUUCCGGAACGCGCUCUCAACCUGCUGCGUCACACGGCGCCGCAGAACUCCGGAGCCGCCGGGAUCGCCGAGGUCCUCCGACACACCAAGCUGGGCGGCGCGCAGGCAGAACAGAGGCUGUCGGUUCAAGAGGUCCCGCCCCUUUUGAACGCCGACCGAUCCCAGCAGCAGCGCCCGCUCCCCUCCUCGUCCACCCAGAGCGACGCCUGUCCUCAGGGCUCCCCUCAGAUGUUCCGGCCCGUGUCCGCCGCUGGAUUGGGAGGCGCGAGAGGAGCGUCUCCUCAACGCGGCUGCUCUCCUCUCAGCGUGUCCGCCGGGACCCCCCUGGCCGACAGCAGCACCAGCGGCAGCGCCAGCCCGGCCGCGUCCACGCCAACGGGCGGCGCGGCCCAGCCCUCCGCUCUCCUCAUGGCCGCCAACACGAGCAACCUGUCGCCGAGCCUCAUCCCCUCCACCCUCAUGUCGCUCAGCCGGGUUUCCCCGACCGGCAGCUCCUCGCAGGGCGUCACCGUCGCCAUACAGCACGGCGCCACCCACAGCCCACCUUUGCCGCACAGCGCCCCCAUGUCCAGGGCCAUGACUCCCGUGCAGCUGCUGCACCAACAGGUGUGCCCGGGAGUUAACAACACUCUCCCGACCGCUCACCCUUGGCUGAUGAAGGCUGCAGAGAUGAGUGCCACGGCCACUCUUCCGCUGCCCAAGAGGCCUGGCAGUGAAAUGAGGCUAGGCGGCUUUCAAGGUGGCAGGAUGCUACCUCUGUUGGGGCCCACGCGGGUGGAGGCCUUGUUCGCCCACUCUCCCGGAGAAUCUGAAGGUGGAGGAGGGGGAGGGGGCGGCGCUUCCUUGCUGCACUUCCUGCCCGGGGACAGCAUCACUCUCCUGAUUUCCGAGCCGAGGGACGGCUGGCACUACGGGCAGAACGAUCGGACCGGACGGAAAGGCUGGUUCCCUUUCUCCUACACUCAGCCACAACAUAGCCGGACGGAUCACCUUCAGAGGCGAGUCAGCCUCGACCAUGCACCGAAAAAUUCUCUCUUCCUGUCCAAGACCAACAGCACCAGCAUGAGUCAGCUGGACCAGCUGGUGUCUCCGGCUCUCACGCCAGAGUCCGAGGAGGAGCGCUCCUUCCCUCUCCAGAGGGUCAGCACCUUCCGCCCCCGCCCCUACAGCAUGGCCGACACCAACAAGAUCUGUGCACAGUUGGCCUCCUCACCGCCAUCUCCAACCAGGACCAACCCGUUUGCCCACGUUCGCCUCCGAAAAACCGUCACCAACGAUCGCUCAGCUCCCAUCAUCGAGUGAGCGGUGCUCAUUUGACCACCUAACAAAUUCAAUCAUACGCUCAUUUCUCUUUUCCUUUUAGUCAUUUAAUCUGAUAGCAGUUACUUGGGGUUGGGGGGGGCAGUAUUUCUCAAGUAGAGCGUGUGUGUGUGUGUGUGGGGGGGGUGUAUGCGGAACUGAUCUGUGAUCAAGAGAAUAAAAAAAAAAAAAAAGAAGGUGUGGGCCACUGUUUUCAGGGCGAUACUAAAGUUAUGGGGGCGUCAUGGAAGAAAUAAUUACAUACAAUAUUAUGAGCAAUGUUUUCAGGCCCAGCACUGCUCUCAACAAACACUAAAAUCUCGAUGAUUUUGAACGUUUUUGCUGUAUAUUAUCAGUCUGCUGUAAUCAAGCGUUUUUAGGCUUCUCAAUGAAGACUUUCAAGUGGUCUUUUAGCAAAGCGUAGUCAAGUGCUUUUGGGUUGCGUUUUGGCCCCGUUCGCAGAAGUGCUCGUAGCUUUGUGUAUUGCGGGACUGGCUCCUAUUUACAGCUUGACACAUCAAGUCAAGAGUUGUGCCUUGGGAACAGGUUCCUACUGUCAUUGUCUUGAUUGUUGCCUUAGUUUCCGUAUAAUUUUGAUUCAUGUGUUCACAAAACUUUUAGAUGUAGUUAUGGUGUAAAUUGUACGACUUCACACCCAACUCUGAAUGUGCGGGUGAAGAUCACGACAGGUUGAGGCGAAACCCGCUUUGACGUCUCAUAUUAUCCAAUGUUGCUCUUUACCUCGCCGAGAGUACGGAGUGGCUUCCCAUAAUGUAAAAAUAUGCAAAUAGAUUUGCUGAUCCAGGAAGGGUAAUAAAUUUUUGAAAUAAUGACUUGUAGAUUAAUGAAGAAUUUUCCCAGUAGAAGGGAGUUUUAAAGAAUGCAAACAAAGACUGCGCUACCGCAAGAGUUAACAUCCGGACUGCAGGUUGGUUUUUAUGAAUGAAAAGGUCCGUUUUUUUAUAUAGGAAAAAAGAAAGUUGCGAGCAGGUAUGUUUGAAGAAAAGUCAAAUUUUUAUCGUUGGAUGUUUUUCCAUUCCUUUUCAGUCCCCAUUUAUAAAGUUAGUCAUCACGAGGGGUGUGGGGGUGGGGGGUAGACGAUCAUAGUUUGCGUCGCUGUUUACCGAUGAAGAAUUUUGCAUGGAACAAAAGCUUUUUGGAAAGUGCUGGAGAAGGUUUACAGGAAAGUUGACGGCAGUCAAGGAAGCAUUCAUUGGUUAACUUUAGAUAUCAAUUACCUUUGAGUAGCCCCACAAAGAAAUAUUGUACAUAAAGUUUAUGUUCUAACUGCUCAAGUGAUUAUUAUUAUUUUUUUUUUUUUUGUCCCUCAAGGGAUCUCGUCAGUAAUGUUGGCCACAAAAGUAACGACGUAAAUGCUUUUCCAUCAGUGCAAAUUGUGAUUUAACAUGUUGUCUUUUCACUUUGGUAGUAGGAUUUUUGUACCCAUUGUGUAUUUUUUGUCAAAGGAUCUUAGUUUAUAGUGCUUGAUGUGAAGUUUAAAUGAGUAAUGAUGUCAAAGUCAAGGUAUUUAAAUGACAAAGAAUCUAAAAACAAACAAGAUAUCCAGCAGUUUGUUGGUCAAAUUCUGUAAUAACUAAAUGCAGAGCAGAUUAUGUAAUUACUUGACAAGUAUAUACAUUUAUAUGGUUACACCCCUCACACUUGUGUAAAUAUAUCCUUUCAAGAAGAACUCCGCACCCCAGAGGUUUAGCGCGGGAAAAUAACGGCGGCCAGCCAGGCCAAAUAUUUAUACUGGGGGGCACAAUAUGGACAGUUUCACAAAGGUGUGUGCUCACUUUUGUUGCCAGCGUUUUUAAUAGCUAUUUGGACAUUCUCACUUAACCGUCUGCUCAUUUUUUGUUUCCUGUGAUUUUGACAUUUAAUGGCUACGGGGUGAGGUGUUUUCCAACUGAAAAUUCUAUUUGCAAAAAUGUGAAGUGCAUAUUGAGAUACUGUAAAAGUCUUCUACCAAAGUGAAACGUUCACAUUAUGCACACGUUUCCACGUUAGCUAUGUGUAAAAACAAAUAUUGUAUACAGCCAGAAAGAGUCUAUGUGGCUGCAGUUUCCUAACAUAAUGAAUACUGACAUUGUGUGAAAUAAAACUUUAAAAACUGAGUAAA